AAGCGGGAGAGUCACGCAGGACGGUGUCAGCAGGUGGCCGGCCGGCCACGUCCCGGCCUCCUCCCAGCCCGCCUGGGCUGUGACCACGGCUCCCGCGGCGGCCGGAGGGGAAGCAUGCCCUCCGCCGUGCACUCGCAUCAAUGGGAUUCCCCUCGUGGGAAAUGCCUCCUCCCGGCGGACCUGCACCCGGACGGCCGGGCGCGUCGCCGCAACGUCCGGAUGCCGGAGGGGAGGAUGCACGAGCCGCCGGCGGCAUCCAGACCCCGAAUCGGCACGGAGACCCGCGGACGCCCGCCCGCCCGCCAGCCGCCGCGGAGGGGCGGGGACGAGGCCGCGAGGGGCGUGGCCGGCGCGCGGGAGGGGACGGGUUCUCGCGCGAUUGGGCGAGGUUUCCGGUGUUGUGACUGAAACCCGUCAAUAUGGCGGCGAUCGGCCGCGGCCGCUCGCUGAAGAACCUCCGAAUACGAGGGCGGAAUGACAGCGGCGAGGAGAACGUCCCGUUGGACCUGACCCGAGAACCUUCUGAUAACUUAAGGGAGAUUCUCCAAAAUGUGGCCAAAUUGCAAGGGGUUUCAAAUAUGAGAAAGCUGGGCCAUUUGAAUAACUUUACUAAGCUUCUUUGUGAUAUUGGCCACAGUGAAGACAAAUUGGGUUUUAACUAUGAGGAUAUUAUAAUUUGCUUGAGGUUGGCUUUAUUGAAUGAAGCAAAAGAAGUGCGGGCAGCAGGUCUUCGAGCUCUUCGAUAUCUCAUCCAAGACUCCACUAUUCUGCAGAAGGUGCUUAAAUUGAAAGUGGACUAUUUAAUAGCCAGGUGCAUUGACAUACAGCAGAGCAACGAGGUAGAGAGGACACAAGCACUUCGAUUAGUCAGAAAGAUGAUUACUGUGAAUGCUUCCUUGUUUCCUAGCUCUGUGGCCAACUCAUUAAUAGCAGUUGGAAAUGAUGGACUUCAAGAAAGAGACAGAAUGGUCCGAGCAUGCAUUGCUAUUAUCUGUGAACUAGCACUUCAGAAUCCAGAGGUGGUGGCCCUUCGAGGUGGACUAAACACCAUCUUGAAAAACGUGAUCGAUUGCCAAUUAAGUCGAAUAAAUGAGGCCCUCAUUACUACAAUUUUGCACCUCCUUAAUCAUCCAAAGACCCGACAAUAUGUGCGAGCUGAUGUAGAAUUAGAGCGAAUUUUAGCACCCUAUACUGAUUUUCACUACAGACAUAGUCCAGAUACGGCUGAAGGACAGCUCAAAGAAGACAGAGAAGCAAGGUUUCUAGCCAGUAAAAUGGGAAUCAUAGCAACAUUCCGGUCAUGGGCAGGUAUUAUUAAUUUAUGUAAACCUGGAAACUCUGGGAUUCAAUCUCUAAUUGGAGUACUUUGCAUACCAAAUAUGGAAAUAAGGCGAGGUCUGCUUGAAGUACUUUAUGACAUAUUUCGUCUUCCUCUGCCUGUGGUGACUGAAGAGUUCAUAGAAGCGCUGCUCAGUGUAGAUCCAGGUAGAUUCCAAGACAGUUGGAGGCUCUCAGAUGGCUUUGUAGCAGCUGAAGCAAAAACUAUUCUUCCUCAUCGUGCCAGAUCCAGGCCAGACCUCAUGGAUAAUUAUUUGGCACUGGUACUCUCCGCAUUUAUUCGUAAUGGACUUUUAGAGGGUUUGGUUGAAGUGAUAACAAACAGCGAUGACCAUAUCUCAGUUAGAGCUACCAUCCUUUUAGGAGAGCUUUUACAUAUGGCGAACACAAUUCUUCCUCAUUCACAUAGCCAUCAUUUGCACUGCCUGCCAACCCUAAUGAAUAUGGCAGCAUCCUUUGAUAUCCCUAAGGAGAAGAGACUGAGAGCCAGUGCAGCCUUGAACUGUUUAAAACGCUUCCAUGAAAUGAAGAAACGAGGACCUAAGCCUUACAGCCUUCAUUUAGAUCACAUUAUUCAGAAAGCAAUUGCAACACAUCAAAAACGGGAUCAAUAUCUCAGAGUUCAGAAAGAUAUAUUUGUUCUUAAGGAUACAGAGGAGGCUCUUUUAAUGAACCUCAGAGAUAGCCAAGUCCUUCAACAUAAAGAGAAUCUUGAAUGGAAUUGGAAUCUUAUAGGGACCAUUCUUAAGUGGCCAAAUGUAAAUCUAAGAAACUAUAAAGAUGAACAGUUACAUAGAUUUGUACGAAGACUACUUUACUUUUACAAGCCCAGCAGUAAAUUAUAUGCCAACCUGGACCUGGGUUUUGCCAAGUCGAAGCAGCUUACGGUCGUGGGCUGCCAGUUUACAGAAUUUCUUCUUGAGUCUGAAGAGGAUGGGCAAGGGUACUUAGAAGAUCUAGUAAAAGAUAUUGUUCAGUGGCUCAAUGCCUCCUCUGGAAUGAAACCUGAAAGAAGUCUUCAAAAUAAUGGCUUACUGACUACCCUUAGUCAACACUACUUUUUAUUUAUUGGAACACUUUCUUGCCACCCUCAUGGAGUCAAACUGCUGGAAAAAUGCAGCGUAUUUCAGUGUCUCCUUAACCUUUGCUCCUUGAAAAACCAAGAUCACUUGCUAAAACUGACCGUUUCCAGCUUGGAUUACAGCAGAGACGGGCUGGCCAGAGUCAUCCUCUCCAAGAUCCUAACUGCAGCCACUGACGCCUGUAGGCUGUAUGCAACCAAACAUUUAAGAGUAUUAUUGAGAGCUAAUGUUGAAUUCUUCAAUAACUGGGGAAUUGAAUUGCUAGUGACCCAGCUACAUGAUAAAAACAAAACAAUUUCUUCUGAAGCUCUUGAUAUCCUCGAUGAAGCCUGUGAAGACAAGGCCAAUCUUCAUGCUCUUAUUCAGAUGAAGCCAGCUUUAUCCCACCUUGGGGACAAAGGUUUGCUUCUCCUUCUGAGAUUUCUUUCCAUUCCAAAAGGGUUUUCCUAUCUGAAUGAAAGGGGUUAUGUAGCAAAACAAUUGGAAAAGUGGCACAAGGAAUAUAAUUCAAAAUAUGUUGAUUUGAUUGAGGAACAACUUAAUGAAGCACUUACUACUUAUCGGAAGCCAAUUGAUGGCGAUAACUAUGUUCGUCGGAGUAACCAAAGAUUACAGCGUCCUCAUGUCUACCUGCCUGUACACCUUUAUGGACAACUGGUACACCACAAAACAGGCUGUCAUUUGUUGGAAGUACAGAAUAUUAUUGCAGAGCUCUGUCACAACGUUCGUACACCAGAUUUAGAUAAAUGGGAAGAAAUUAAAAAACUGAAAGCAUCUCUUUGGGCCUUGGGAAAUAUUGGCUCAUCAAAUUGGGGUCUCAAUUUGCUGCAGGAAGAAAAUGUGAUUCCAGAUAUACUAAAACUUGCAAAACAGUGUGAGGUUCUUUCCAUCAGAGGGACCUGCGUGUAUGUGCUUGGACUCAUAGCCAAAACCAAACAAGGCUGUGAUAUUCUAAAAUGUCACAACUGGGAUGCUGUAAGGCACAGUCGCAAACAUCUGUGGCCAGUGGUUCCAGAUGAUGUGGAUCAGCUCUGUAAUGAACUCUCAUCUAUCCCAAGCACCUUGAGUUUGAACUCAGAGUCAACCAGCUCUAGACAUAACAGUGAGAGUGAGUCUGCGCCAUCAAGUAUGUUCAUAAUGGAGGAUGACCGGUUUGGCAGCAGCUCCACUAGUACGUUCUUCCUCGACAUCAGUGAGGACGCAGAGCCAUCCUUUUUUGAUCGGCCUGGACCUGUAAAGGAUAAAAAUUCAUUCCCUUUCUUUGGGUCUAGCAAACUUGUGAAGAAUCGUAUUUUAAAUUCUCUUACUUUGCCUAAUAAAAAACAUCGUAGUAGCAGUGAUCCAAAAGGAGGGAAACUGUCAUCUGAAAACAAGACAAGCAACAGGCGGAUCAGAACGCUUACGGACCCCAGUGUUGACUUCAUUCAGGGUGAUGAUUUUACACCCAUAUCCACAGUACAGAAAACAUUACAAUUAGAAACUUCAUUUGUUGGGAAUAGGCACAUAGAAGACACUGGUAGUACUCCAAGUAUUGGAGAUAAUGACUUAAAAUUCACUAAGAGUCUUGUUACAGAGAAUCACAGAGAAAACACGAGCCGAGAGAGAUUAGUUGUGGAAAGCUCAACGAGCUCGCAUAUGAAGAUGCGUAGCCAAAGUUUCAAUACAGACACUACAACAAGUGGCAUAAGUUCAAUGAGCUCAAGCCCUUCCCGAGAGACAGUAGGUGUGGAUGCUACGACUGUGGACACAGACUGUGGAAGUAUGAGUACUGUGUCAAACUCAGUAUCCCUGGUGCCUCCGGGUUCUUCUCACACACUUCCCAGAAGAGCACAGUCCCUUAAAGCACCCUCUAUCGCUACAAUUAAAAGUCUAGCAGAUUGUAACUUCAGUUACACAAGUUCUAGAGAUGCCUUUGGUUACGCUACUCUGAAAAGGUUACAGCAACAAAGAAUGCAUCCAUCUCUGUCUCAUUCUGAAGCUUUGGCAUCUCCAGCAAAAGAUGUGCUGUUUACUGAUACCAUCACCAUGAAGGCCAACAGCUUCGAGUCCAGGUUAACACCAAGCAGGAUCGAUUUUAAAAAGAAGCAUGUCGGGGGAAUCAGGAGCUUAAGACCUACAAUAACAAACAACUUUUUCAGGUUCAUGAAAGCUUUAAGUUAUGCUUCGUUAGAUAAAGAAGAUUUAUUGAGUCCUAUUAACCAAAAUACCCUGCAGCGAUCCUCCUCAGUGAGGUCCAUGGUGUCCAGUGCAACGUAUGGGAGCUCAGAUGACUAUAUUGGUCUUGCUCUUCCUGUAGACAUCAACGAUAUAUUCCAGGUAAAGGAUAUUCCCUAUUUUCAGACUAAAACCAUACCUCCAAUUGAUGAUCGAGGUGCAAGAGUGUUUGUUCAUGAAGCAGGAGGUCUUCCAUCUGGCACUGGAGGUCUGGUAAAAAACUCCUUCCACUUGCUGAGGCAGCAGAUGAGUCUUACGGAAAUAAUGAAUUCAAUCCAUUCAGAUGCUUCUCUGUUCUUAGAGAGCACAGAAGACACUGGGCUACAAGAGCAUACAGAUGAUAACUGCCUGUAUUGUGUCUGUGUUCAAAUUCUGGGUUUUCAACCCAGUAACCAACUAAGUGCAAUAUGUAGUCAUUCAGAUCUUCAAGACAUUCCAUAUUCUGAUUGGUGCGAGCAGACUCUCCAUAAUCCCUUAGAAGUGGUUCCCUCUAAAUUCUCAGGGAUUUCUGGAUGUAGUGAUGGCGUGUCUCAAGAAGGCUCAGCCAGCAGCACCAAAAGCACAGAAUUGCUGCUGGGUGUUAAAACAAUUCCAGAUGAUACACCAAUGUGCCGUAUACUCCUUCGCAAAGAAGUCCUAAGAUUAGUCAUUAACUUGAGUAGUUCAGUUUCAACUAAAUGUCAUGAAACUGGGCUUUUAACCCUUGCCUUUCAUUACAGAAUUAAGGAGAAGUAUCCACAGACAUUUGACGACAUCUGCCUUUACUCGGAGGUUUCCCAUUUGCUGGCACACUGCACGUUUAGACUUCAAUGUCGGAGAUUCAUACAAGAAUUAUUUCAAGAUGUGCAGUUUUCACAAAUGCAUGAAGAAGCAGAGGCUGUGUUGGCAGUACCACCAAAGCAACCUGUAGUUGAUCCAUCGGCAGAGUCCUGACCUCCUGUUUGGGAUGUACAUAGGCAGAUGCGAUUCACACAUUCACGUCAACGUUGCUGACAACGCCGCGGACGGGGCAGCAGGGACAGGAGCGUCUUCUGAGCACUGUGCCAGCAGUUUGGGCGCACGAACAGUGGAACUGCCGACUGCCCUAAGCAACCAUCUUCCUCUCUCCCCUGGAGCCCCUUGGGGGUUCAUUGUUCAUUACCACAGUUUUGAAAGUUUUAGUUACCAUUGUAUGCAAGAGCCAAGCACUGAAUACCUACAUAGGUUUUCUAUUUUUUCAUUAUACAUGCGGAACAACAGUGGAACAAUAAUAGGAUACACAGAGGCACCCUUCACACAGUUAUUUCUGAGUCCUUUUUUAGGGCAAAUAAAAAUAUGCCUUGUUUGUUAACUAAUUUAUGGAAACCAGGAGUCAGUGACUCCGAGGCCUCAUCCGUCACCACAGUGGUUUGUGCUGUAACUGCUGGUAUGAGAGGGAACUUUUCCUAGUGUCCGUAACACUACUUCAGAGCUUUGUAACCUCAGAGCGAAAGAAGAGCCUCAACGACCCGGGACUUGUAACUUAUUUUUAUGUUAUUAGAUUUUCAUAAAGUUUUUUAUUUGUUUUCCUCCUCUUCGGUUUUGUUCCAAGGUGUUGUUAUUAUAGGCUAUUUGAACCAAUUUAAGGUUUUUCACUACAGUUCCUGAUUAAAAUCAGAAAAUCAUUUUACAGUUCAGCCGUUUCCCACUUCUAGAGUGCAUAUAUAUGUGUUCAGUGGACUGCUGUUUUCAUCCUCUUCCCAUAUUACCAUUUUAAACAGGAACUUGAAUAAGCACUAUUUAUGCAGACCUAAAGCAAAAGAGAGCAUUAAAUGAUACUUUAAGGAAAAGUUAAGUUUGCCUACAAUUUACUACACAUUCCAUGGGAAAAGAAAAGCCAUAUUUCCUUUUAAAAAUUAUUGACACUGUUAUUGUGAUUAAAAAUUGUAGUGAAAAGCCUUAAGUACCAAAUUUUAAAGCAGCAGUAAUUUAAUUUUUAUAUCAGUGUUCUUGUUUUGCACAAACUAAAUGCAGUGAUUGGUUAGUUUAUGAGUACAGUAAUUGCCUUGGUCACAAUUGUGAAAUUAAGUUGACAAGGGCAAGGUUUUGUUUAUUUGUGUGUUUAAUUUGUAUAUGUCUAACAGAAAUGAAACAUAUAUGCAAAUUUGUAUAUAAAAAUAGCAUGGCCAAUCAUCAUUAGAAUGCUUGUAAAUGCAAGGAUUUUUUUUUUUUGAGGUCUAUAUAUAAAUAGAAAAAAAACUCCAGCUGGACUAAUUAGGACCCUUUUUAAAUUAAUUUGUGUAUACCAUUUUUACAGUCACACAUCAGCUUUGACAUAGUCCUAAUACAUUGAUUAAUGUUUUCUUAUGUCACAGAUCCUUUUUACAACAGGCUUGUUCUCUGAGAUCUCUGUAAAGAACCCUGUGAACCAGAAAGCAGAACUCACAGAGAUCCUUUUUUUUUUUUUUUUUUUAAUUAACUGGCACUGAAAGUUCCCAUUGGGAUGAAACAUUUCAUCUUACUUUAUAACACCUCUGACUGCACUUCACGAACUGUUCCCAUGUGCACUGUGUAGCAAGUGACAUGCUGUGAAGCAGACAAGGGCUGGACUGCUGCGUCUGGUAAAAAGGGGUUCUUCAGACUUCCUCUCAAAUCAAUUGAAGAUACAACACACCUUUUUAUACUUUAACUUAUCCUUAACACAAAUGUUCAUUUAAAUGUUGACAAUAAUUUGCCUGUCACCUUGGUCUUUGGUCUUGGGUGAUUAAACUGCUUUCCAGAGAACCAAAUGUUAGAGAUAGUAGACCAGAUAGUGGUUAAAAACUCCAAAGGCAGUAAUAUAGUAAUCUUCUUCACAAUGGGAUUAACCUAUUUUAGACAUUCAUUUUAAACACUACCUCAGUUAGUAUUAAUAGAGAGUAUAAAAUCUGUGGUUUAACCCCUCAGAAGGGAACAGUAAUUCUUUUUUGUCACACACAUCAUCCCCAUCCCGGGGCCCCACCUCACUCGUCCAUCCUGAAAUGAAGUCUCAUUACUGUUAGUCGGAACUGUUUUGUUUUUUAUUAUUACUUUGAAAGACUUGUAUGUAUGCAUCCUAAUAUUUGCCUAUAGCACUUAGUUUGGGGAGACACUCAGAGCUUUUUGGUUAUCAGUAAUUUAAGGAACAAAUGUACUUAAAUGUGUAAUAUUACAUGGUUUAUCCAUGUUUCACUGACAGGUCUAAUACGUUCUUUUUGAGUACUUGUUUGUAUAAAAGUAGACGUUAAUGAUGAAAAAUGCUCACAUGCAGUGCCAAGUGAUUACCUUAGGUGUUUAAAAAUAUUAAAUUAUAGCAGAACAGGUUAGGAAUGGGGUCAGUGGUAAUAGAAGUAAUUGAGAAAAUCAUCUAUAAAUGAUAGAUAGUACCAGACUAAGAAAUAUCAAAAUAAUGUCAAUACUAUAGUUUUUCAAGAUUUUAGGAUUAAUCUUAGUCCAUAUAAAUCUGUACUAUUGGUAAUUACUGAUAAUUUGGAGGAAUUUGGACAGUUGUGCUGGUUGUAAACUGAAUUUCUAAUUGUAAAGUAAAUUAUUUUUAAUUGAAUUUUUUUCAAGAACAGAUUUUAGGUUCACAUACUAAAUAAAUAAUAAGGAAAUUAGAAAUUAGUAUUCGUAAUUAAAUAUGAUCUAAAAUUUCUUACAUUUUUAUUUCCUGUUUGUGCUUAGAUAGGUUUGAGGGGGAAAGUUUCUUCUCCCUAAUAAAAAAUUUUUAAUGAAGAUUGGUAACAUUUGGACAUCCUGUAAGACAGUGACAUUAAAAAAGGCUCUUUUAGGUGGGUUUGGACAUUACUAUACUAGUUACUCUAAUAUGUGUGCAAGUCCUUUUAAAAUGGUGUCUUUAAUAGUUUUCAGCUCUUUUAUCCAGAGCUUGAAACAAUUAAAGCUGAGUUUUUCAGGGCAUAUUACAAUGGCAAAGUGCUCUACAAUGGGGUGUCAGUGAGUAUUUCGAUUUGUCUACUGCUAUUUAUAUACAAAUUUUCAUUCCAUUCAGAGGAUGCCUUUGAUCCCACAUUAAGCACAGAUGAUUAAGCAAUAAAAACCAAAUUGUCAUCCAAAUUAUAACUGCAAUUAUUUUUGCAUGGUAAGAGUGAGGUGCUGAUUUUGUGAGAUGAGCUGUGUAAACUACCUUGGAAAAGGGUCCUUUGGAUGUAAGGUUUUCCCUUUGUCCUAUGCUUCCAGUUUUAUCUCAAAUUCACAGCCCAUUAAAACAUGGGGGAAAAGAAAAGGUAGAGUUAAUUGCCAGAGUUUUACAAGAAGAGCUGUUGGAAUAAAAGAACAUUUCAGAUUUUCCAAAAUGUAAGUUGGGAAAGGUCUCCCUUGUCUGCCAGUCAGGAAAUACAUUAUUACCAGUAGUCCUUCAUUGAGAGUUUUGUGAUGAAAGCAUGCCAGUGAAAUCAACAGCAACGUUUCUCUAAAGACAUGGAAAUCUGAAACCUUUCUAGGAGCACUAUUGUUUUUUCUCAGUCCCAGGUGCCAGGGUAUUUUUCAUUCAUGGUAGGUUUGUAUGACGCACACAGAAUGCGGAUUUCCCCCCUUUGGAGUGUUUCUGUAACGUAGAUGGAUAGCUAUGCCACAGCAUGCAUAAAUUGCACAUUUUGUUUGAUUUUUUAAAUAAAAUAUUUAAUUUUAAAAAUAUAAUUUAUGCCAAAAAAGUAUACCUUGUAAUUUUGCCACUAAAAUGGUUGAUUUAGCACAAAAUGCAAAGUUUUGGGGCAGAGGUGGGGGGAGAUAAAAAAUUUUCAUAUGUAAUAGUUGGAAAAUGUUCCAGUACUGGCCUGUCAGAAACUCUGACGCUGCAUUGUAAAACAAAUGGUGUAAAUUAGUUUUGAAAAGUGGUAAGGGAUUGUGAAAAAAAAAUCUCAGAUUAAUGCUCCCUGACCACAUGACUUUCUUCUUUUUUUUAAUUUAGUAAUACGCUGCUACAUAUUUGGAGGUUCUGGUGUUUGUAGGUCACUGAACAGACAUUGAAAUAUGAUUUAUAUUGUAUAACUGUAACAUAGAAAGAAAAAGUAUUUAUAUAUUUUCCGUAAGAAUAUUUCAUUGAGUUGUGUAUAAUUUAAAUAAGGUUUGUCCCUAAAUGGUUUUGCUCACCUUGAUUUUUUGUUGUUGUGGUUUUCUUGUUUUUGUAUAAUGUGUACAGUUUAUGUCAAGGGCAUUAAAAGCCUCCUGAAGCAUAAUCUUAUCAAAGGGAUACAUUCUUAAUAAAAUGUACUUAAAAUUCUGAAA